AUGAUCCAGAAAGAGACGAAUCGCCAGACCACCACCAACCCCCCUGACAUCUGGGCUGAGCUGAGAGUGCUGACAGACAUGGUGGUGGAGCAGAGAGUGGCGCUGAGGAAUAUGGAGGCCAGACUGGGGGAGGUGAAAAACAAGGUGAUUGUACUAACAAUGGAUCUGGGUUAUCACCAAGAAUUAACUGCAUUUCCUAAAAGACAAAGUUAGAAAGCUGGAAAUAGAGAAUGCAGGUAAGGACAAGAGAGCAAAUACAGUGCCUUCAGAAAGUAUUCACACCCCUUGACUUUUUCCACAUUUUAUUGUGUUACAGCCUGAUUUAAAAAUUGAUUAAAUUGAGAUUGACAUACAAUGUUUUUGUGUGUGUUUUUUUAACAGAUUAAUGAAAAAUGAAAAGCUGAAAUGUAAAUAAAUAUUCAACCCCUUUGUUAUGGCAAGCCUAAAUACGUUUAGGAGUAAAAAUGUGCUUAACAAGUCACAUAAUAAGUUACAUGGACUUACUUUGUGCAAUAAUAGUGUUUAACAUGAUUGUUGAAUGACUACCUCAUCUCUGUACCCCACACAUACAAUAAUCUGUAAGGUCCUUCAGUCGAGCAGUACAUUUCAAACACAGAUUCAACCACAAAGACCAGGGAGGUUUUCGAAUGCCUCACAAAGAAGGGCACUUAUUGAUAGAUGACAUUGAAUAUCCAUUUGAGCAUGGUGAGGUGAUUAAUUACACUUUGGAUGGUGUAUCAAUACACCCAGUCACUACAAAGAUACAGGCGUCCUUCCUAACUCAGUUGCCGGAGAGGAAGGAAACCACACAGGGAUUUCACCUUGAGGCCAAUGGUGACUUUAAAACAGUUACAGAGUUUAAUGGCUGUGAUAGGAGAUAACUGAGGCUAGAUCAACAACAUUGUAGUCACUCCACAAUACUAACCUAAUUGGCAUGUGGUCUGUCAAGAUAUUGACUUUAAUUUGUUUGGCUUCAAAAUAUAGUGUGGUGAAGGUUGAUUAAAAAAAUAUAUUACAAUCAGUAAAUUCACUCCCUUGGGUUACAGACAGACCAAAGAUGGCCUUCUCUGCUGUUCUGACUCAUGCAUAUCUUGGACCCUUCAAUACUGAAACCCCACUGGUCUACAGCAAAGUCAUCACCAACAUUGGCCAACCUAGACACUACAGGUAAUGACCUGACCACACUAAUCUACACACACUGAAUCCAGCUACAGUAAACAUUACUCACAGUGUUUUUGAGAGAUGGACUGUGAUUAUCUCGGAUUGCUUCUCCUUUGAUGCAGGUAUCUUCACAGCACAUGUGAGAGUAGUCUACUACUUCAAAUUCACUGCCAGGGAUUACAGAUCUCCACAAUGGAUGGGUGUUUACCUAUACCUCAAUGGCCAGAGACUUAUGUGGAAUAGGGAACACAACAAUGGUAGUGAA